AUGAAUAAAAAUUAGGAGAAACCAUCGUCUAUGUAGGAUAAAGAAAGGAUGAUAGAGCCACUAUGUAAGCCUAAUUACAAGCAGAAAACGAUAACUAUGCUGCUGAAACUGAUUUGUACAAUAGAACUGUGUCUGAAUACAACAAAGAAAUUGAAAUAAGUAAGUAGGCUUUAGGUUUACUCACUUAACCCAGUUUCGAAUCAUAUGUUAAAUCAAAAGUAGGAAUUUGAUUAAUAAUUACAUUAUAUCCACAAAUCCAUUUCUUUAUCUAAGUUUCUUUUUAUAUUUGUCCAAUGUAUUCAAUUCACCUACAUUGGAAUUUAUAUGUAAAUUUGCUUUCUUCUUUAAGAAGAGUGCUUAAUCUGA